AUGUCGUCAGAGCAAGCAAGAAGAGAGAACGUGGUGAAAGAGAGGGAAGUUAAAGUGGAGAAAGACAGAGUCCCAAAGAUGACGAGUCAUUUCGAGUCAAUGGCCGAGAAAAGCAAAGAUUCGCCGCAGAGCCACCACCAUAAAGAGGGAGAAAGUGGUGGGACACAGUUUGUGUCGCUCUCGGACAAAGGGACUGGCAUGUCGGUUUCUGACGAAGGAGAAGGUGAGACGAAGAUGAAGAGGACGCCGAUGCCUCACACCGUCGGAAAAUUCGUCGUGAGCAGUGGAGAUAAAGAUCAAGGGACGGGAAAGAAGAAAGAGGAGGAGAAGCAAGAGAAGGCCUCGCUGGAGGAUAUUCGUGGUUAUAGAGCAAAUGCUCAGCAGAAAUCAAUGGAUACGAUUCGAGCAGCUGAGGAACGGUACAACAAGGCCAAGGAGAGCUUGAGCCAUGGCGGACAAGAAGCUCGUGGCAAAGGAGGAGAACAAAUGGAGGGAAAAGGGCGGGAAAGUGGUGUCCAUGUUACUACUCACUCUUCGGCGGAGAAAGGACUAGGAGCUGCUCCUGUCUUUGGCCAAGAAGCUCGUGGAAAAUUAGGUCAAGAAAGCGGGGCCGAGAAAGCACGGCAUGCUCAGCUUUUGGCUGCCGGAGGUGCAGAGAUGAAAGAAAGGAAAGGACAAGAAACAGUUGGCGGCGGCGGUGGUGGUCGGAGUGCAAUAGAAGGUGCUCAGAAAGCAGGAGCUAAUAAGAUAGAUACAGGGAGUGAGAAAACUCAGAGACCUUCCGAUUACGUGACGGAGAAGGGAAGGGAAACAGAACACGUGGCGGCUCAGAAAGGUCAAGAAGCUAAAGAACAGGCUGCGAGAGCCAAAGAUUACGCUGCGGAGAAAGCUGGUGAAGCUAAAGAUACGGCGGCAGAGAAAGCUCGGAGAGCUUCUGAAUAUGCAAAAGAAGCUGGAAAUGUGACAGCUGAGCAGACGGGGAGAGCAAAAGACUACACUUUGCAGAAAGCUGGUGAAGCCAAAGAGACUGCGGCUGAGAAAGCUCAGAGAGCUUCUCAGUAUGCGACGGAGAAAGGUAGUGAAACGGCUAAGACAGCAGCUGAGAAGGCUGCAAGAGCAAAAGACUUUGCCUUACAGAAAGCUGUUGAAGCGAAAGACAUUGCUGCUGAGAAAGCUAGGGUAGCUUCUCAGUAUGUGACAGAGAAAGGGAGUGAAGCUGGAAACGUUGCUGCUCAGAAAGGACAAGUGGCGAAAGAACAGACGGUUUCAAUGACGGGAAAAGCGAAAGAUUACACUGUCCAGAAAGCCAGUGAAGCGGCGGAGUACGUCAAAGAAACGACGGCUGAAGCGGCGGAGUACGUUAAAGAGACGACGGUGGAAGGAGGAAAAGGAGCGGCACACUAUGCUGGGGUGGCCGCUGAGAAAGCGGCUGCAGUUGGGUGGACGGCGGCGCAUUUCACCACGGAGAAGGUUGUACAAGGGACGAAAGCGGUUGCAGGUACGGUGGAAGGAGCGGUGGGUUUUGCAGGGCAUAAGGCGGCAGAAGUGGGAUCUAAGGCGGUGGAUUUGACUAAAGAGAAAGCUGCCGCGGCUGCUGAUACGGUUGUUGGGUAUACGGCAAGGAAGAAAGAGGAAGCUCAACACAGAGACCAAGAAAUGCACCAGGGAGGUGAGGAAGAGCAGCGACCAGGGUUUGCCACAGAAGCAAGAAGAGGCUUUGGAGGAGAGUUUGGAGAAGAAAGAGGGACCGAGAAAGAUGUCUACGGUUAUGGAACAAAAGGAACGACUGGAGAAGAGAUUAGAGAUGUCAGAGAGGAGUAUGGAGGAGGAAGAGGGAGUGAGAAAGAUGUCUUCGGAUAUGGAGCACAAGGAAUGGCCGGAGAAACGAGGAGAGAUGUUGGGGAAGAGUACGGAGUUGGUGGAGGAAGAGGGAGUGAGAGAUAUGUCCAAGAGGAAGGGGCUGGAGCGGGAGGAGUGCUUGGGGCAAUUGGCGAGACUAUAGCUGAGAUUGCGCAGACGACCAAGAACAUAGUUAUUGGUGAUACGCCUGAGCAUGGAACUGCUCCUGAUUAUAUGAGACAGGAACAUGGACAUCGUUAA